AUUUAAUAUAGAAUUUUGAUGUGAUAUAAAGCUGGUAGCAACUUUUAAAUUGUUAAUUGACAGACCUGAAAAUGAGAAUACAAAUCAUAGCUGUACUUUGUACAUUUCUAUUUAUAGGUGCUUUUGGUAAAAAUGCAAGAAUUAUCGGUGGCAAAGCGGCAAAAAUACGCGAUUUUCCCUUCCUUGUCUCCAUAAGGUUUCACAUAAAUAAUAUUCACUUAUGUGGAGGUGUUAUUAUCAGUCAAAAGCACGUGCUUACUGUAGCUCAUUGUGUUCAAGAUUCUUUAUCAAAUUGGUCUAGUCUAAAAGUAUUUGCUGGAUCAUCAAGUUUGUCUGCAGUUGAGGGUACCGCGUAUGCAGUGGAAGAUGUCAAAUUCCAUCCAAACUAUAAUGUAAUACUUACAGCUGAAGAUCAUUAUCGCAAUGAUUUGGCUAUUGUAUUUGUUAUCGGAUUUAUUCAGUUUAGUGAAUUACAACAAGCAAUUCCACUUCCAACAGCUGAUUGUACAAUAGGUGAUAAGGUCACAAUAGUUGGUUGGGGACUAGCAUCAGUAAGGAGAGGAGUACCCAUAUUUAGUUUACGAAAAGAUAAAUCCAGUAUUCUUCCUCGUGAACAUUGUAAUCAAGUAUUCAAUUUUGCUUUGUAUGACGAACAAAUCUGUACAUACUUGAAGGCAUUCAAUUCAGAAGUAGGUGAUGAUGGAGGACCAGUGAUAAGUAAUGGAAAAUUAGUUGGAAUUAUAUCACUUAGGAGUACAUUAUUCAACGAUAAUUAUAAUGUUCACAGCAAUGUCUAUCAACAAUUGGAUUUCAUAAGAUCCGUCCUCUAACAUUAACAACAUUAUUUUUAAUUUAUUAUUUAAUAA